GCCAUAAAUUGUUGACCGUAUUUCAUCGCCCACUAUCCUAGCCAUAGAGCUCACAAUGUCAUCCACAGAAACCCCUUCGGCCGACGAGCAGCUCAUUUGCGAGCCUCAGGGCGGGGCCCCCAAUGCCCCGCCAGACCUGCGUUUCCUACACUACAAUGACGUCUACCAUGUCGAAGCUGGUUCCAGAGAGCCAGUAGGAGGCUACGCAAGGUUCAAGACUCUGAUCAAUUACUACAGGCAUGACGAGAGAUUCCAAGGACAGCCAGAGGUUUUGACUUUCUUCUCGGGAGACGCGUUCAACCCGAGCAUUGAAAGCAGCGUUACCAAAGGCAGCCAUAUGGUCCCUGUUCUCAACAACAUUGGCACAGAUGUGUCCUGCGUUGGUAACCACGACCUUGAUUUUGGCGUCAGCCAGUACCGCUACCUCACAGGCAAAUGCAAUUUCCCAUGGCUCCUCGCAAACGUUCUCGACCCAGCGCUCGGCGACGGCGUACCGCUCGGAAAUGCAAAAAAGACGGUCAUGCUCACAGCGUCCAAUGGCAUCAAGGUAGGCGUCAUUGGGCUUGCUGAGCGAGAGUGGCUCGACACAAUCAACUCCCUACCUCCAGACAUUAUAUACAAGAGCGCAUCCGAGACUGCAAGGGAGCUGAUUCCAGGGCUGAAAGAGCAGGGUGCGGAGAUUAUCGUCUGCGUUUCGCACCAGCGAGAGCCAAACGACAACAAACUGGCAAAGCAAUGCGGAGGAGAGUUGAUUGACAUUAUACUCGGAGGCCACGACCACUACUACUCGUACAGCCUCAUCAAUGGAACGCAGGUGCUGAGGUCUGGCACGGACUUUAAGCAGCUAUCGCAUGUCGAGGCAUGGCGAAAGCCUGAAGGCAAGGGCUGGGACUUUAAGAUUGUGCGGCGAGACGUCGUCGGCAGCAUACCACAGGAUCCGCAGGCCAUGAAGUUGGUUGAUGAGCAGACGCGGGAGAUUAGGAAACGCCUGGAUAAGCCGGUUGGAUACACUGCAGCACCGCUCGACGCUCGAUUCACCACGGUACGCACAAGAGAGUCUAAUAUUGGCAAUUUUGUCUGCGAUCUCAUGCGAUACUACUACUCGGCCGACUGCUGCAUCAUGGCGGCCGGAACCAUACGCGGCGAUCAAAUUUACCCGCCUGGCCUGCUGAAGCUCAGGGAUAUCAUCAACUGCUUUCCAUUCGAGGACCCGGUGGUGGUACUCAAGGUCACCGGCAAAGCGAUACGCGAGGCACUGGAGAAUGGCGUCAGCAACUACCCAGCGCUAGAAGGGCGAUUUCCCCAAGUGUCAAACAUUACGUUUGAAGCAGACUACUCGCAAGAACCACACUCGCGGAUAAAGAGCGUUUUGAUUGGCGGCGAACCAGUGGAUGAGGCGAGGGAAUACGUGCUUGCUACGAGGGGGUACAUGGGCCGUGGAAAAGAUGGCUACACGUCGCUGCUGAUCGAAGAGGAAGGCGGCGUGGCCAAAGAGCUGGUGUCGGAGGAAAACGGGGUGCUCAUCUCGACCAUUCUACGCCAAUACUUCAUGUCGCUCAAGGUGCUUGGAAAGUGGAAGCGCUGGGGCGAAUCCAUGCACAACAAGUUUCACUCGAUCCAGACGAACCUGCAGCAGAACCACGGCCACGCAUUCCACGAGCCGUCGCCCAUCUCACCCACGCGCUCUACAGACCACGCGCCCAAAAACCCAAGCAUACGCCGCGUCGUGCACCAGACGAGCCAGCACAGCCCGAGCGACACAUCUGAAUCCGAAGACCCGGACCUGGACGAGGAUGAAGACGACGGCCCCAUGUACGACGACAGCAAGCCUAUCAAGUUUACAGACAAGCAGGUCGAUGUCAUUCGCAGGGUUAUGCGCAAGUGGUGGCGUCUCGCGGGGCUCAAGGGCAACCCCAAUCUGUGCGAUGAGCUGGGUGACGGCGAGUUCCAGGUCAAUUGGACCAAGGCGAUUGCGCCGAGGCUGGAGGGUCGAAUCAAGGAGAUUGGGCCCGGCGUCAAGAUUGAGGCGUAGCCAUGAUACCCAAGUCAAUUAACAUGAUAUGUUUCUCAGUAGAACAGGUGAAUAAAUAAGUCUGGGGAGUGCCAUGUCUCCACAGUUGGCCGUAGUCGUGUCGUACUUGUGCAUAUCAUUACGGUGGAGGUGAAGUGCAACAACUGGAAAAUCAACCUACGAAAAACACUACAAUUAUUACAUAGUACGUUAGGUAGUUACUA